GAGCCGAAGCCGGUUUGGCCCUGAGGCUGGUGAACGGAGCUGACCAGUGUCAGGGCCGCGUGGAGGUCCUCUACCAAGGCUCCUGGGGCACCGUGUGUGACGACGGGUGGGACACCAAUGAUGCCAACGUGGUGUGCAAGCAGCUUGGCUGUGGUGAGGCCAGUUCAGCCCCAGGAAGUGCCCAGUUUGGACAGGGCUCAGGCCCGAUCUUGCUGGAUGACGUGGGCUGCUCAGGGAAUGAGUCCAACCUGUGGAGCUGCCCGCACAAUGGCUGGAACUCCCACAACUGCAACCACGGAGAGGACGCUGGCGUCAUCUGCUCAGGAACCAAUGCUGGUUUGGACCUGAGGCUGGUGAAUGGCGGUGACCGGUGUCAGGGCCGCGUGGAGGUCUUCUACAAAGGCUCCUGGGGCACCGUGUGUGACGACAGUUGGGACACCAACGACGCCAACGUGGUGUGCAGGCAGCUGGGCUGUGGCGGGGCCAGGUCGGCCCCAGGAAGUGCCCGGUUCGGACAGGGCUCAGGCCCGAUCGUGCUGGAUGACGUGAGCUGCUCAGGGCAUGAGUCCUACCUGUGGAACUGCCCGAACAGGGGCUGGAACUCGCACAACUGUGGGCACCACGAGGACGCCGGCGUCAUCUGCUCAGCUGCUCAGCCCUGAACAACCUGGCCAGACAAGCAGCUCUGAGGGCAUCGCCUGCCCUGGGACCACCGCCCCACCUGUGUCCUCUGUGUCCGCCGGCUCGUCUUGACCGACCUCCUCUCCGUCCCCACCCGCGGCCACAGCCGGAGCCACCACAGCGCUGCCACCUCGCUGGGUCACACGGGAGCACCCCCCCCUUGGCCCUCAGCCUCUGCCGCUGCAGUGUGACCUCGGAAUGCACAGGGCGGGGCUCCCACCCCAGGGCCCUGGACCCGAGGGGACAGGAAGCAACCGGGUGCCCGAGCCUCGUGCCCACAGACUCCGCCCGCUCUGCCAGGCACCAGGUGGGGGCUGGGGUGGGGGAGGGAAGUCAGGGGCGGGU